UCUGUGAAACCCCCACUCUGGAGGAGAAAAGCAAGCUAGAAGGGUUGGUGCAGGUUGUCUGGCGGGACCUCCCCCAACCCCCCCUCUCUGUAUUUACGAAUAGCAGACGCUUGUUUCCCCAACACGGACCAUCUGAGAAAACUUCCUCGUACCUCGACAAAUAAAUGCCAAGAAAACCAGCAACGCAUCAGGAUCCCUGCGCCGCAACGAGAGGAAAGACGAACUGUCGGAAAAACACGUAAAAAAAAAACAGCAACAAGAAGAAAAAAAAAAAACAGCAAGAAAUCGCACGGAUCGUCGCCGUGGCCUUUCUCAAUGCAUACCCUUUGUGCCCGUGGAACCAUGAAACCAGAAAUAAACGCCGCCGUCGGGUUUCUGUCGAGAUUCCUGAGGGUGAAAGGACACGUAAACGACCGACAGGUCCAAACGUUCAGCCAAAGCUUACAGGACAUUCUGGCAGAGCAAUAUAAGCACCACUGGUUCCCAGACAAGCCCUGCAAGGGCUCGGGUUACCGCUGCAUCCGCAUCAAUCACAAGAUGGACCCACUGGUCGGGCAGGCUGGCCAGCGCAUCGGCCUCACCAUCCAGCAACUCUACCUGCUGCUGCCCAGCGAGCUCACGCUCUGGGUGGACCCCUUCGAGGUGUCCUACCGCAUCGGCGAGGAUGGCUCCAUCUGUGUCCUGUACGAGUCCCAGCCCAUGCCGGUCGGCAUGCCCCUGUCUGCUGGCCAUGCCUUAGGACAUGGUUCUGUUGGCCCCAUGGUGGACAGUCGCCUCAGCUGUAAGGAUGAAAUGAGGGUGCUGGGCAGGAACAGUCCCUCCAAAGCCUACAACAACAUGAUGACUGUGUCCAGUUAGAGUGGUGCACAGUCGCCCCCCCCCAGCCUACUUCUGUUCAGGGUUACACAGUGGCUGGUUAAGAUCAUGGUGAGCCUUUUUAAAGCUAAGAAUAUGAAAUAAAAUAGUGAAAGAAGAAAAAAACAAAAAAAAAAAAACAAAGGAUGUGGCCUAUCGUCCAGGUGAUGGAAACCUUGUAGGUUCAAUAUUUUUUACCUUCUCUCCCGGUUAUCAUCUGUUGUGUUGUCAUUGGAUCAGCUGGCCACUCCGUUUUCUUUAGGAGAGGCUUUGUGAAAAUGGAACUGUUGGGGCAGCUAAACCAUCCAACCAAGCAGGAAACAUACAUCCCCCCCCCCCAACCCCCCUCCAUGGAAACGGGCUCCAAAGCAUUCAACACCCCUAACUCAACUUCUAACAUUUUAAACUGCUCCACCUCUGAAGGGGCUAUCAGCAUUGACUUUGCACUUUUCUUACGUACUUGUGGGUACUAUGGCUACGCGGUCGACACGCCGCAGCGAAAACAGUUUUAAGUUGUAAGGAAUUCUUUUCCAGGGAUUUAAAACUCACGCUGAUCAUCGGUUCCCAUCGCCCGGGUCGGGGAGGAAGUUGAGGUUUAGGCCGUGCCGAAGCAAAAUCCAAAAAGAAGCAACCAAUAAAAGCACCUCUAUUUUCUAAGAAACCACUUUUUGGACCACAGGAGUACAUUCUUUAUCUUGUAGCUAUUGAAAAGGCCCUUGGCCUUAGCUCAUCUCCCUCCCUUUCCCGCUACCAGUGGCGAGUUUUAGAAAACCUUUUUAUUUCAGCGUCCUGUCUGCCUGAAAUGUGUCGUGACGCCGAUAGAUACCAGCCUGUCCCAUUGCACUGUCAUCCUCACUUAUUGCCCAAGUAUGUGUAGCUUUCUUUGGGGAUCGCUCCCCUUCAAGUCAAUGAAUGUUGUCUAAAAGUUCACAAUCAAGAUCUUGCGUUAAUGUUGUUACAUAUGCCCUUCUUUCGUCGACACUUUGUCAUCUCCUUUAUUAACGAGAGUAAAAUUGUAGCUAAGAGGGUUGUGGGAGGGGCCCCUGUUUGCCCAAAUUCUGGUCUUGUGGCCCAGUUUGAGUUGAAAUUGAAUGCACUUUGAUAUGAGAUUGCCUGGGAUUGUGGAUCUUCUCAGAGACAAAUCGCCUCCAUUCCAUCCAUUCGAAUGCCAUCUUUUGCCUCAGCAGUUCUCCCAGUUCUGGUUGUUUGCUCGGUCAACUCCGUCUGGUGACGUUUGUCAAAAAAAAGAGGGGGCCGUGCAACUCUGAACUUCAAACAAGACGUUUUGAUUUAGUAGAUAUUAACAUUUCAGCGUAGGUGUUAUUUUUGGUUUUUCUGCAAUUAUGGUUGGGGUAUUCAUAUGGCACUGCUGAUUCAGAUUUUAGUUCCAGUUGGCAAUUCACGUUUAAAGAGAAGAAAACUUGUUUAACUUUACCUAAAACAAGGCCUGGAGCACAGACCGUUCAAAUUAUUAGCAAAGUCGAAAGUUUAGUUUACACUGCCUUAAGAACUCAUGGCCGGGAACUAUAAGAUUUGUGAUGUUGGGCAAAAUUUUGUGCCUGCCUGGGUCCCGUUUCCAGAUUCGGGCAGCUCCAACCCAAUUCGUUUUGUUUGUGGGUGCCGGUGCCUCAAAAAAUGCCACUCCUUAGUUCAGACCUCCUGUUCAGCCGAAACCAAGCCGGGAUGCUGCUAGCUGACCCCCCUUGUGGAUUCAGGUAGACUUAAUGUGACACAUAUCACCCUUUGUCAUCGCGGGGGAGCUGGGUAAGGACGGCCGAGGUUGGGAAAGCUCGGGUGGGAGAGAAGUUGGGGGGUCCAGGGCCAGACUCUUUUGUCCAGGGCAGCUAAAAUCCCUCCAACCCCCCCCUCCUUCAGAUCUAUAUUUUCCCCAAAACCCGCCCGCCUCGACCAGAAGCCCUCCACCCUCCCUCUGCGGUGACGGAUAACCAGCACACGUGCAUUAGGUGGAUUUGGUUGGACGUGAGGGAACGUGGAAUCUAAAAUGACGAAGAACUUGAGGGUACUGGGCCAUUGUUUCAUCUCACUGGAUUGUGCUGCACUUAAAUCACGGAGUGAGUAGCAACUUUGUUUACAUGCAUACAAUAGAAGGUGGCAGCUGUCUAUGUGUCCCCCCCCUCCCUCCUCCUCCUCCUCCUCCCCCAUUCCUCCCCUCCUCACUCGUUGGUUUUGAGGUUGAGUGGAUAACGGAGUGACGGAACAGACGCUGGAAUGGCUUCCGGUGUUGCUCAGGCCUCAGUCGCCGGGCCAGAUCUGUCACGGCAGGCUGGUUUCCCCACUCAUCACCACACCGAGGGGUCUAUAAGCUCCACUAAGCCCCCCGAAAAGAUCAUUGGUGAUAUAGCUAUAGCCUUUGAUGCACUGCAACCCUCCCUCACUCACUCUACCCCCACCGCCCCUUUGCUGCCGUUGCUCUCUGCUGAUACUCCCUUCAGCAAUCUGUGAAAAAAAAAAAAUAGAAAAAAACAGUGAUUCCAUGUUGGCAAGAUAGAUCGGAGCCUGCUGGGAUGGGAGCCCAGAGCUUUGGUUUCCAUGGUGGACCAUUGUUUUUGUUUUUAAUAAUCAUGCUGCUCCAUUUUAGCUUCUUUUUUUUUUUUUUUUUAAGUGUCAGCCGACUAGAUGUUUUGAGAUUGGUCUAUAUUUCAGAAACAAGAUGAUCGUCUUGUCUCACUUUUCUCUCAGUGUUUUUUAUAGACGCGCCGGUAGGGGUUCUCUCUUUCCGUUUUUCCGUAACUUAUCCACAUUUUCUCAUGUGCAUCCACUCUUACUCUUGUAAUCUAAAAACUUUCUUUUCUUUUUUUAACACUUCUUUUAUUUUAGAGCUAAAACAAAAAGAAGAAAAAUAAAGAAGAAAAAAAAAUCCCCUCCACCCACCAAGUUUCAUACGUUUUAAUGUCAUCCAUUCAGCUCGUGUGCACAUAGGUUACAGAGUUGUGAGAGCGCUUUGAGUAUUCAGAAGUAAAAUAGCACAUAAAUGCACUAAAUGUCAAACUGAAGUUGUGACUGUUUUUUUUUUUUUUUCUUUCUUUCCUUCUCUCUUUUUAUUUGAGACGCGAGAAGUCUCUCCUGGAAUGUAUUGCCAAACUCAGGCGUCAAACACUUCGUAAAUACUCUUAUGGAAAAGUUGUGCAUGUUAAGAUAUGAAACCGGAAGGGAACAGCAGUUUGUUUUGUUUUUUUCUUACCGUUAAUGCCGUCAUGGAUUGGCCAAAUUAUUGCCACUUUCACAUUUGAGGUGUUAUUACAUAUUAUAGAAUGUAUUGUAACUGUACAACAAAUGGUAGAGUGCAUAACAUUACACAUGGGAAGUGCCAAUAAUUGCUAUUCUGAAGUGUUUUUAGGUGGUCUUUUCCUCCUUUUUAAUUACGUAUUUCAUCUUUUAACACGGAUAAUGUUUUUCAUAAGUGAAGCCAUUUGUGAUGGGAGUGCUGGCAAGGACCAAAGUUGUUUUCUGGUUAAAAAAAAAUUUAGUUUCCAUGAUCUGUAACUAUAGGCGUAUCCUUUUGUUUUUGUUUUUUUCUUUUUCUUCCUUUUUGUUUUUUGAUUUCUUUUUUUCUGUUUUUUCCCUUUUUUGUUCUUAUUUACAUACAAAAUGAGAAAAUAGAAAAAAAUCUGAGCUUACCCAAGCAGGAAAAGCUGUAUCUUGUGAUCUCAUGUCAGUACAUCAUUAUUGUGUUGAGUUUCCUUUUUCCUUGGGUAUGUUGCGAUGAACUGCUGUAAAUUUGUACAGUUCAUGUAAAUUGAUUGUGCGGAAGUUGUACAGAUUUCUAUAUUUUGGAAGAAAAGUUUUUGUUUUUUUGUUCUUUUUUUUUCUCUCUGUAAUAAAAGAUUUCCUAUCUUGGCAUCAUA